GGAUAUGGACCAUAUGGCUUCAGAAAGCUCAGAUAAACCAAUACGUAAGCUCUUACAUCAGUAGCAAAUCAACUGGCUUCAAAUCUUCAACCUAUUCAUAUACAACGGAACAAAAACGAAAAAGAAAAAGAAACAAAAAAAACAAAAAAAAGGAAAAAAGAAAGGAGAAAUUACGAAUCUCAUCGUUCCCCAUGAGUUCAAAUUCAAUGCCUAUCCAAAUCCAAGCCAACCAGCUUCACUUCAUCUUGUUUCCUCUAAUGGCUCCAGGCCAUAUGAUCCCAAUGGUCGACAUUGCUAAACUGUUGGCCCGACGCGGUGCUUUGGUCACCAUUUUCACUACACCGCUCAACGCUUCCCGUUUCAAAACAGUUCUCUCACGCGCCACAGAAUCCGGGCUUUGCAUCCGGCUCAUCCUACUCGAGUUUCCAUGUGAAGAAGUGGGAUUGCCCCCAGGCUGUGAGAACUGUGACUUGCUACCUUCAUCAAAUUAUCUCAUCAAUUUCUUCACUGGACUUGAUAUGCUGCAGAAACCAGUAGAAGAUAUAGUUAAAGAGCUUACACCGCCACCAAAUUGCAUGAUAGCCGACAUGUGUUUCCCUUGGACAAUCGAAGUCGCUCGCAUGCUUGGUAUUCCUAGGAUAUCUUUCCAUGGACUAGGUUGCUUUUGUCUCCUUUGUUUACACUCUGUACGAACCUCCAAGAUUCUAGACAAAAUAGAAUCGGAUGCAGAGUAUUUUGUUGUGCCUGACCUGCCUGAUCGAAUCGAGGUGACCAAGCCCCAGUUGCCUGAUGCAUUGGUUUCAACGUCAAAUGAUUUUACACGGAGACUGGUGGCAGCUGAUUUGGAAUCCUAUGGAGUAAUCGCUAAUACUUUCGAAGAGUUGGAGCCAGAAUAUGCUGAAGAAUACAAGAAGGCAAGAAACGGUAAAGUUUGGUGUGUUGGACCAGUUUCAUUAAGCAACAAAGAACAGGUGGACAGGGCCCAAAGAGGUAGCAUAUCCUCUGUUGAUGAACAACAAUGCCUGAAAUGGCUAGAUUCAUGGGAACCAGGCAGCGUCGUUUAUGCUUGCCUGGGAAGCCUUUGUAAUCUUAGAGAACCACACUUGAAAGAGCUUGGAUUGGGCUUGGAAGCCUCAAACAAACCAUUCAUUUGGGUCAUAAGGGGAGGGAGUAGUAUUGUCUUGGAGAGGUUAAACAAGUGGAUUGAGGAAGAUGGAUUUGAGGAAAGGAUCAAAUCAAGAGGCCUCUUGAUUCGUGGUUGGGCUCCACAAGUGCUCAUCUUAUCACACCCAUCAAUCGGAGGGUUCUUAACGCAUUGUGGAUGGAAUUCUACACUGGAAGCGAUAUCAGCUGGGGUGAGCAUGGUGACGUGGCCUCUGUUUGCUGACCAGUUUUUGAAUGAGAGACUAGUUACCCAAAUUCUGAAAAUUGGUGUUCGGGUUGGAGUGGAGGUUCCAUUUAAACUUGGAGAGGAAGACAAGAUUGAUGUAUUGGUGAAAAAGGAGGACGUGAAAAGGGCUACAGAAGAAUUGAUGGAUGAAGGGAAAGAAAGCAAUGAGAGAAGGGAAAGAGCUAGAAAGCUGGGAUUGAUGGCAAAGAGGGCUGUAGAAGAAGGUGGAUCAUCCGACCUCAAUAUGUCAUCUUUUAUCCAAGAAAUCAUGCAACUAGCAAUUGAAAAAUCCAAGUAAAGGGUGACAGACAAAAGAGAGAUUUAUAAUUUUAAUUUGAUCAAAUGGAAUUGUUGUUAUAUGUGUUAAUUAUAUUGAAAUCUUUAAAGGAUUAAAUUGCAAAGAAUGAUGCUCUGGAAGGCUACAGUUCCUCUGUUUCCUUCCCUUUUACAUAUAUUCCAUUUGGGACGUAAAAGCUUUUCAUUAAAUGGCCUUUCGAAAUAAUCUCAUGAGUGGUUUGUACAUUUUUACAAAUAGUUACGUAUCAUAGAUUGGUUUUUUAUUGGUAAUAAAAUAGUUACG